GAAAUGGUCAAAACAAAGACCAAACUUCAAUCUGAAAUAUUUCGCCUUGAAAAACUCAUAAAGGCUCUUCAGUACAGUCUCGGGAGGCUCAAAUGUGUGGUUCCUACAUAUGAAUCUCUAUUUGCACCCGUUCGGCGUCUACCAUUCGAGGUUCUUCAGGAAAUAUUCGAACAGACUCUCUAUUCCAGUCUUAAUGACAUGUUCCCGUCGUCAGACAUAAACAAGACUGUAACACUUACUCCCAUCCGACUAGCAUCUGUGUGCUUGUACUGGCGGGGGAUAUGCCUCGCAUCCCCCAGUUUAUGG